AUGAAGCUUUUGCCAGCAAUUGUCGUCGAACUCUUCCUUCUCCUGCAACUUCAACUGCCGUCCAGCAAUCUCGCAGCGCCCGGCAGCAGCAGCGGCGAACGCGUGCACAUCAAGGUGCAUAUGCCGGAAGUUAUGCGCCAGCAUACGCAUUUCCACAAGGUCUACAAGCACCAACCCCAACCCGUACACGUCUAUCCACCUCCACCGAUGGUAGUGAAGAAAUUGCCGGAGGGGAAGCCGCAUGUGUCGCUCCUUGGUUAUACAACAACAGCCAGCGGUAAUUCUCCUGGUGGCAUGGCGCCCACCAUUAUGCAGCUCAUGAACACGCAGCAGGGCAUGAGGAUGGAGGGAAUGGGACUAGGGAUGGGGCAGGAGAUGGGCAGGGAAAUGGCAGCUGAACAGCCCUUGCAGACGCCCAACUAUGGACCAGCACUGUUCGAUAAUCUCAGCCAGUUGGAUGGGCAGCCACAGUCAAAGGAUCAGCAACCGCAACAGCAUAGCAGCAACUACAAUGAGGAUGAGGAUGAUGCGGAUACACUUUUUGGUCACAGCAUUGGCGCCGGGACCGGUUUGGAGAACGAUUCGCAACUUAAUGGCGAUUUCUUGGCUGCCCUGCAACGCGAGUAUUUGGAAAAAUAUGGGGGCCCACAAAUCUACAAUCGACACAAGCGCAAGAAAUAUGGAAGACAGGGCAUUGGUGAGGGUCAGUUGCCGAACCGAUUGAGAUCUCAGCAUAGACCAGCUGCGCAGCAUUAUAGCAAGAACUAUCUCUAUGAUAUCGAUGAUGAGCAAUCCGAUGAUUAUGCAACGCCCUAUCAAAACCCUUAUAGCAAUCAGCAGCCAUCAUCUUUUCCAGAUAACGACUACGAAACUGGAGAUGAUCAGCAUUUUGGCGCUGUUGACAGUUAUACGGCAGAUAAUGCCAUGGCCUUUAGUGGUCAGGAUAAUCUGAUAAGUGCUCUGCCUACUGUCGAUGAUUUUCUGGAGGAUGCCAGUACUACAAGUAUGGGACUGCCAUCGGAACCACUCUAUGCCAAUAUGUACGAUGCCUAUGUCUCGGCAGAUGAAGAGCAAAGGCAUAAAAACUUGCCAAACAUGUGGCAAUCGUCCACAAGAGUAACUGGGGGAAUGCCCUCAUCAUCCUAUAUGCAACAACACCUAGUAAACAGACCCACAACAAUGUCUGGCACAGACACGGGUGGGGGGCGUCCACGUCCUAGAAAACCAGCGAAAAUGCUGCGCUAUAGAACCGGCAGUAAUGCUAAAUUGCGAUAUGUUCAGACAGCACCUAGAAAGAAGCGCAAAAAUCGCAUCACAAUCAAAAGACAUCGCAUAUAA